UGCACUUCAAAGGAUUAAUUCUGUCACUGGGGUUGUUGUUUACAAAUUCGUGCACGUUCCUUGAAAAGAAUGACAGUGGAAUUGAAGAAAUUUCUCUAUGGACUGUUAACUAAUGUGGAAGGUUUGCAUAGUAUAUUAAUUACUGACAGGGAUGGAGUACCUGUUAUAUCUGUAGCUAAUGAAAAGGCGCCAGAGUUAGCUACAAGAGCCAGUUUUUUAUCUACUUUUGGAAUGGCUACGGAUCAAGGAAGUAAAUUGGGGCUUGGCAAAAAUAAAACCAUUAUAUGCAUGUAUAGUAAUUAUCAGGUUAUUCAAAUAAAUAAGUUGCCAUUGGUCAUUAGUUUUAUUGCUAGUCACAAUUGCAACACCGGUCAUGUAUUAUCAUUGGAAAAUAAGAUUGAUCCUAUCUUAAGUAGUUUAAAAAAUGCAGUGGUGGAAGCCUGAUGGUUACCUGUUGUCCAUUAUGGGUGAUAAAUGCUGAACACUGUUCAGAUAUAUGAAUUUAUAAGUUAUUGCAAUUAUUAUAUAAACAAUAAUCUUUUUUCAAGAAUAUCAAAUAUGUUUUUACGUUUCUACUUAUUGUGCAAUUUUACGUUUAUUCAUAUUCCUGCAAGUGUGUUUUGAAAAAUGAAAGAUCUUUUAGAAUGAUUAUUAUAUAAUGGUUUAAUGCAAAAAUAUGCCGAUCAGAGAAGACCACUCUGAUGACCUUGAUCUUGAUAUAGGCAGAAGAAAGGUGAGGUGGCCCUUACUUCGUGGAAGUCGUGCUCCCUUAAGCAGGGGGAAAGUAGAGUGGAAUUCGCUUCACGUAGAAAAUUCAACGUCCUUAAUAAAGAGAAUAUGGAGUAGUUCUUAAUAUUGUAUAGCAGAAAUGAGACAUUACUUCUUAAACAUUUUGGUUAAUAAUUCUAUAACGAAUAACGAUGGCUAAAACCUCUUGGAGGUAAUCAUUAAGCCAAGGUCAAAGUCAUCGAAGCGAUCUUCUCCGAUCGGCAUAUUAGUUCAGAAAUCUAUUGGAGAGAGAUUCUUUUUGAGAAAUGCAGA